GCUUUGAACAGGGCAACUGGCUCAGCCAGGUUCCAAAAGGAAUUGCAAUCAACUUUCUCCCGGUGGAAAACACGUUUACCCGGGCCAGAUUAAUCGAAUCGCCUCAUUGGUCUAGAUGUAUGUUCGUCACAUAGUAGGUCCAUACUAGUUUAAAAGACUUUGGUGCAGCCUGCUAACACCAAACUCGUGAGUUGCGUCAACCAGGCUAGCAGUCUUCAUAUACAAUAUUGGCAACGUUUUGCCAUGCGUUUUGUAUGAAAUGCCGCGGAAAGAAGGGUGCAAGAACCGGGAAACAUUUUCCGCCAGUCACCAGUUUUGGACAUUAUCUGACACAUGCCAAUAAUUCUCUAUCUAGGGAGUUGAAACAAGGUAGUGUGAGUCCAAACAGGUGUCACUGGAUAGGCUAACACAAGACGGCCCAGACAAGGUGUCUCUGGUUUGAUUAACCAACAGGACACUUGGAAACAUGUCGGAGAAACGCCGGUCGCGAUGGUAUUUCGGUGGACUUUCCUCAAGUGCUGCCGCCUGUAUUACACACCCCUUAGAUCUGAUCAAGGUGCACCUCCAGACACAGCACGAGGUGAGGAUGAGGAUGGUGGGAAUGACCAUGAGUGUGGUGCAGAGAGAAGGUGUUCUGGCUCUGUACAGUGGCCUCAGCGCCUCCCUCUGCAGACAGAUGACGUAUUCUCUGUCCCGCUUCGCCAUCUAUGAGACAGUGAGUGAUCAGAUGAAGGACAGGACCCAUGGUCCCAUGCCCUUCUACCAGAAGGUCCUUCUGGGGUUGGUUGGAGGAUUUGCCGGGGGAUUCAUUGGGACCCCAGCAGACAUGGUUAAUGUCAGAAUGCAGAAUGACGUUAAAGUACCACUAGAACUCAGGAGAAAUUAUGCUCAUGCACUAGAUGGACUGUUCCGGGUAUGGAAAGAGGAGGGAAUGAAGAAGCUGUUCUCUGGAGCCACAAUGGCAUCUUCUAGAGGAGCACUGGUCACUGUUGGACAGCUGGCCUGUUAUGAUCAGGCCAAGCAGCUGGUUCUGGGGACUGGAGCCAUGCAAGACAACAUUCUAACUCACUUCCUGGCCAGCCUCAUCGCAGGAGGCUGUGCCACUGUCCUGUGCCAACCACUGGAUGUCUUGAAGACCAGGCUGAUGAACUCAAAAGGGGAAUAUGUGGGCCUGCUACACUGUGUGAGAGAUACAGCUAAACUGGGGCCCAAUGCCUUCUACAAGGGUCUGGUUCCAGCAGGGAUCCGUCUCAUCCCUCACACGGUCCUCACGUUCAUCUUCCUGGAGCAGCUCAGAACCUGCUGCGGCAUCAGGAUCGUCACCUGAGAGGGGUCAGGGGUCACCACCUGAUCACCUAUUGAGUAGUCUGAAAUGUGACCUCUGUGUCAGGACUGCCAGGCCACGCCCAUUCCCUUUGUUCCCUGUUCUGUUCUAUGUGAACAGGAAACUUUAAUCCACCUGCAACCUCCCCCAUCCUAAACCCCACCUUCUGGAUACAGACUAGUGACUGACUGAAUGGGGGGUUCUGGAUACAGACUAGUGACUGACUGAAUGGGUGGGUUCUGGAUACAGACUAGUGACUGACUGAAUGGGUGGGUUCUGGAUACAGACUAGUGACUGACUGAAGGAGGGUUUCUGGAUACAGACUAGUGACUGACUGAAGGAGGGGUUCUGGAUACAGACUAGUGACUGACUGAAGGAGGGGUUCUGGAUACAGACUAGUGACUGACUGAAUGGGGGGUUCUGGAUACAGACUAGUGACUGACUGAAGGGGGGGGUUCUGGAUACAGACUAGUGACUGACUGAAUGGGUGGGUUCUGGAUACAGACUAGUGACUGACUGAAUGGGGGGUUCUGGAUACAGACUAGUGACUGACUGAAGGAGGGGUUCUGGAUACAGACUAGUGACUGACUGAAGGAGGGGUUCUGGAUACAGACUAGUGACUGACUGAAGGAGGGGUUCUGGAUACAGACUAGUGACUGACUGAAUGGGGGGUUCUGGAUACAGACUAGUGACUGACUGAAUGGGGGGUUCUGGAUACAGACUAGUGACUGACUGAAUGGGGGGGUUCUGGAUACAGACUAGUGACUGACUGAAUGGGGGGUUCUGGAUACAGACUAGUGACUGACUGAAUGGGGGGGUUCUGGAUACAGACUAGUGACUGACUGAAGGGGGGGGUUCUGGAUACAGACUAGUGACUGACUGAAGGAGGGGUUCUGGAUACAGACUAGUGACUGACUGAAUGGGGGGUUCUGGAUACAGACUAGUGACUGACUGAAUGGGGGGUUCUGGAUACAGACUAGUGACUGACUGAAUGGGGGGUUCUGGAUACAGACUAGUGACUGACUGAAUGGGGGGUUCUGGAUACAGACUAGUGACUGAAUGAAUGGGGGGGUUCUGGAUACAGACUAGUGACUGACUGAAGGGGGGGUUCUGGAUACAGACUAGUGACUGACUGAAUGGGGGGUUCUGGAUACAGACUAGUGACUGACUGAAAGGGGGGUUAUGGAUACAGACUAGUGACUGAAUGAAUGGGGGGGUUCUGGAUACAGACUAGUGACUGACUGAAGGGGGGGUUCUGGAUACAGACUAGUGACUGACUGAAGGGGGGGUUCUGGAUACAGACUAGUGACUGACUGAAGGGGGGGUUCUGGAUACAGACUAGUGACUGACUGAAGGGGGGGUUCUGGAUACAGACUAGUGACUGACUGAAGGGGGGGUUCUGGAUACAGACUAGUGACUGACUGAAGGGGGGGGUUCUGGAUACAGACUAGUGACUGACUGAAGGGGGGGUUCUGGAUAUAGUGGAAUACUAUAUUGACCAGAGCCCAGUGCCCUAUUCCCUAUGUAGUGCACUACUUUUGACCAGAGCCCAGUGCACUAUAGAGGAAAUAGACUGCCAUUUGGGAUACCGAUUUAAGUAAUCCAUCUGAACUUGGAACAGCCUCUGUAGAAUGAACCUUGAUGUCUUUAGUUAUGGUAAUGGCUGCUAGAGGGCGCUGUUACACUGUGGUUAUGAUGUAGGCCUACUCUGCAGACGUCCACGGCCGCUGUACCAGGUCUUAACGUGUAUAAGUGGGUUGGUUGUAUGGGAGUGUGCCACUUAAUGUGGAGGUUAUUGUUAUUCACGCCACUGCUGAUGGUCCAUAUGUUUUUUUGAAUUGUAGAUGACAUAUUUUACAUUGAUGAUGGCUACUUCCUGUUUCAUUGACUGUCAAAACGACAACAGCAGGAAGAAUGUUUCAUUGGGCUAAUGAAUGGACUGAUGAAUAAAUGAUUACCUGUAUAGUGAUCAAUACCAAUAUGUCCAUAAAUAUGCUUGUUACAGAGAUGA